UGCUGCGACUGGCCGCGAUCCGACCUGCCUGCAACCACGGGCUCCACUGGGACUGAGCCUAGCUGGGAAAGGUAGCGGCUGGAAACUGCAGCCAUGAGUGAGGUGCAGGCCGGGAAAUCAAUGGAAUAUCUCCACAAAGCCCUGAUCUUCCUUCAGGAUCUCUUUGAGUCAAUGGGGAUUCCAGAAGACCAGAGGCUAGAGAAGAUGGAAGUGGUGAAAAACCUUCUGGACAUGAUGAUUGCAAAGGAAGAGAAUCAGAAGAUGAAGCUUCUAGAAAGCAUAGCAUUACAUCGAGAACAACUAGAUAGUCUAUGCUUUGAAUUAAACAUGGAACAUUUUCAAGAGGAAGCCGGCAUCACUAUGCUGCAGCUGGAGAAGGACUUACGUAUCCAACUGGAAGUCAAAUUAAAGCAGAAGGAAGAUAGGAUGGGUGAGCUGAAAAGGCUUCAAGAGCAAGACCAGGCCUUCUGUGAGCUCCUCCAUACUUCCCCCUACAGCAUAGACGAGAACUUGGUGCCCAGCCUGGAGGAGCUGGACCAGUUCAGAUGCUACUUGGCAACCCUGGCUGAAACAAAGGCAUGCAGACAGGAGGAAUUUGUCAGUGCAAAGAAACAGAUCCUACUCCUUAUGGAAGAGUUAGAUUAUACCCCAGAUACAAGUGUUGGAAAAGAUGUAUUGUGUGGAGACAAAGAUACCUUUGAUCUGUCGCUGGAAAAACUUGCAGCUCUGCAUGACCUGCUCCAUCAGUUAGAGGUGCUGAGAGCUGAGAAUGAGAUUGUGUGUGAACAACUACAAUCUCAAGUCCAAAAGCUCUGGGACGUUUUGCAAGUUUCUUUCAAGGAGAGAGAAGCCCUGGCUACACUCAUGACUGGGCCAGUAGUCAAGAGGAGAAAAGCACUUCAGUCCGAAGCAGAUAGGUUGGAAGAGCUGAAGACUCAGAACCUGAAAAAAGUGAUCGAAGCUGUCAGAGAAGAGCUGGCUCUGUAUUGGAAAAAGUGCUUCUACAGCCAGGAACAGAGAGAAGCCUUUGCCCCCUAUUAUGAUGAAGACUACUCGGAGACUUUGCUCCAGCUCCAUGAUGCUGAGGUGGUACAGUUGAAACAUUACUACGAAGUGCACAGAGAGCUCUUUAAAGGCAUCCAGAAGUGGGAAGAAAACUGGAAGCUCUUCUUGGAGUUUGAGAGAAAAGCUUCAGAUCCAAGUCGUUUUAUUAACCGUGGUGGAAACCUCCUGAAGGAGGAAAAACAGAGAGCCAAGCUCCAAAAAACUUUCCUUAAGCUGGAAGAGGAGUUAAAAGCACAGAUUGAACUGUGGGAACAAGAGUAUUCAAAGGACUUUGUGGUGAAUGGGCAGAAAUUCGUGGAAUAUAUGAUGGAGCAGUGGGAGAUGCAUCGUUUGGAGAAAGAGAAAGCAAAGCAGGAGAGACAUCUAAAGAAGAGCCAACAGACCGAAGUUGAACUGUUUUAUGGCAGUGCACCUAGAAUUCCUGGCAAGAGGGAAGGCCUGGGAUCCAAAAUAACAGGCAAAGUUCUCAAGUCAUCCUGGAAUAUUGGUUCCCUGGGGCACAAGACGCUGAAUACCAGCCAGCCGGAGCACAACAGAACCAUUGACUUGGAUGAGACAGUUCUGAACAAUGGAUAUUCUCAGCCUUCCCCACUCCAGAGAAACUUCCAGAUUCAUUCUGUUGCCAGCACCUACUCUGAAUUUGUGCAAGAAUUUUCAGAGGCUUCCAAAUCUGAUGAUAAUUCAGGAACUUUCAACUCUACACAAUCCUGAAAAGGAUCCUCUUCACCUACCAGGUUGUGGGCCUCCCUGACUUCACUGGGGUGGUUUUUGACAUGCCUAUAGUUCAGGUUUAUUCUCACUUGAGAAAAUGUUUAAACCCGUGAUUGGAUUCCCCCAAAACAUCUGUGGCUUCUCAUCCUAGGGACAGAGUUCUGAACAAUAAGGUUUAUUUACUUUGACUGUGAUGUGAUAGAUGAAGCCUUGAACUUAGAGUCAGAAGACAUGGGUUCAAAUCCUCCCUCUGCCACUUGUCAGCUUUGGGACAGAGGAAGUCACUUUAACUCUUUUGUACUUUAGGUUCCCUAUUUGUUAUAUGGGAAUAACUUGCCUACUUAACAAGGUUCUUGGGAAGAAAGUUAUAUAGUGCCAUAUAAGUAUUUGUUAAUAAUGACUUUUAAAAAAAAAUAAAAUAAAGGUAG